AAGCCCGUCCCCGUUUUCAAUCCGGGCGGAAGGGGCGGCGCGUCUCUCUGCCAUGUCGGACUUGGCUUUAGAGGAGCUCUCUGCGAUUGCCGCGAUUUACUGCGGGGAAAAUGAAUGCGAAGUGCUGGAGGUGUCAGAGACGGAAGGAAUCUCGUUUAGGAUUCAGACCAGCGCAAAAGGACCUUUGGGCGCAGAUAUAUUGCUGAAGCUGUUGUUUCAUUUGCCGAUUGGUUACCCAUCAAGCCUGCCAAAUAUCUCUGUUAGCUCUGAGCAGCUUACAAGGACGCAGUGUGCGGCUGUGAAAGGGAGAUUACUCGAGGAAGCAAAGAGGCAUUUUUCACAGCCCAUGGUACACGAGCUGAUUCUCUGGAUACAGCAGAAUCUUAAGCAUACUGUCAAGCAAGCUGAAACUUCAGUCUGCAGUGGGGAAAGUACUCUAUCAACAGACGGACCUGAGGAGGAUGGUGUCUGGAUUGCCCUUCUGCGUUUAGAUCAUAUGAGAGCUAAGGGAAAAUAUGUCAAAACAGUGGAAAAAUGGUGUGCAGAUCUAAAGCUGACUGGAAGACUGAUGUUCAUGGGCAAGAUGAUUCUGAUUCUUCUUCAAGGAGACAGAGGGAGCAUUAAGGAAUAUCUUCUUCUUCAGAAAACCAGCAAGGUGGAUGUGGAUUCAAGCGGAAAGAAGUGUAAAGAGAAAAUGAUUAGCGUUCUUUCAGAAACAAAAGCCCAGGCAGCACACAUAAGGUUUCAGGCAUUUGAAGUCAAAGAGUACUCAACGCUGGGUGAGCUGCAAAAUGAAUUCAAGGCUGCGGGCCUGGCAGAACUGUUCAGUGAGUUUGUGCUGGCUCGCUUGAAGUAAUUCUGAAGCAGGCACAUGUGGCUGAGACUAAAACUGUCAUUAAACGUAUCAAAUGGAUGCCGAGAGAAGGUAAAAUGAAAGGUUUGGUGGAGGACAGCUCUGAAGUGUCUCUUGCAAAAUGUCAGGAAAAAGCUGUCUCCUUGGGAAGUUCUCCUCACGCUCAGAACGGAUGAUGUUUUUGAUUGUGACAACUCUUUGGUGGAACACUUUGCGUAUUAAUGAUAUUUAAGAACUGUAGGUCAGAUGGGAAGCAUGGGCUGCACAGAAAUAACCCUUAUUCUUUGGGAUCAGGGUGGAUUGUUCCUCCUUUCUCCUAUAAUUAAAUGAUCUUUUAAAAUAA